GAAGCAUUAUGACGUUAGGGAAUUCCGAAAUUCUUGCAAGCAAGAACAGGCAAAAGUAAAUAUAUAAACACACAACACCGACUCUGAUCUAACAUUUCUGCAAGCUCUCAUCAACCUUGUUCAGCAAUUUCGUGUCUAUACACUGCAAAGAUGCCACCCAAAAGAAAGGCAGCGGCAGCGAAGACGAAGGCAGGAGGCAAAAAGGCGAAGACUAGCGAUCCAGUUGCCGACGACAAACCUGCGACCACCCAUGACGUCAUCGCUAAACUGAAGGCAAGCGAAAACAAGUCUACCAACAAAAAGAGAAAAGUGGACAGCUUCGUCCCUAGUCAGAGCAUCUACGAGGUUUUCGAGGACUACGACUGUAUGCUGAAUCAAACAAACAUCGGGCACAACAACAACAAAUACUACGUCAUCCAGGUGCUGAAGAGGGUCGGUAUAAACCAGUACCAUGCCUGGAACCGCUGGGGUCGCGUGGGAGAAUCCGGAGCCACUGCAAUGAAAGGACCUUUUGGUUCCUCUGAUGACGCCAUUAAGGACUUCAAAAAGAAAUUCCAGGACAAGACUGGUAAUAAAUGGGAGAAUAGGGACUCGUUCACCCCCAAAACAAAGAAGUACACGAUGAUAGAGAUGUCCCUGGAGGACGACGACGAGGACGAGACGGACGCCUCGGCGCCGACAAAAUCCGCACCCUCUGGACCCGUAGAGAAAUGUACCCUGGACGCCCCCACACAGUCCCUGUUGAACCUCAUCUUUAAUCACGACAUGUUCAAAGACGCCAUGAAGAGUUUUGACAUUGACGUAAAGAAAAUGCCACUCGGAAAACUGAGCAAGGCGCAGAUUGCUAAAGGAUUUGAAGUCCUGGAGGAUCUGGAAAAGGCAGUAGACGCUAAAAACAACGCCCAAAUUGUGUCCCUCUCUUCAAAAUUUUACACCGUAAUUCCUCACGACUUCGGGAGAAAAGUGCCUCCUGUAAUGAAUACAUUAGAAACCAUUCGAAAAAAAUACGAUAUGUUGUUGGUAUUAGGUGACAUAGAAAUUGCACAGACGUUAGAAAAGGAAAAAGAGAAGGUUGCCUCGGAAUCUGCCAAGCAGCCCCAUCCCUUGGACGUUAACUAUAACUUGCUGAAAUGUGAACUGAAACUGCUGGAUCCAAAAUCCAAAGAGUACAAGACUUUGGAAACUUACACAAAAGAAACCGGAAAGGGUUGGAGAGUCCCUAAAAUAAAACACAUCUGGUCCAUGCGGCGAGAAGGAGAGGGAAAAAGGUUUGCAGAACACAAUAAGAUUACAAACAGAAAACUUCUUUGGCACGGAACCAAUGUAGCGGUGGUUGCAGCCAUUUUGAAGAGUGGACUUCGGAUCAUGCCGCACAGUGGGGGUCGAGUGGGAAGCGGAAUCUACUUCGCUUCAGAAAACAGCAAAUCGGCUGGAUAUGUGCGAUGCGCUGGAACAACUGGCAUAAUGUUCCUGAAUGAAGUUGCGUUAGGAAAGGAGCAUCUCAUUACUCAAGACAACUGGCAAUUAAAGGCAGCCCCAAAAGGCUACGAUUGUAUCAUUGCUAAAGGAUGGACGGAACCUGACCCAAAGAAGGAUACGAAGAUAAAAUUAGACGGCAAAGACGUGGUCGUCCCCCAGGGAGUCCCCGUCUCUCAGCCAGAGUAUAACCAAAAAAGCAGUUUCUCACAGAGUGAGUACCUUGUAUACAAGGAGAGUCAAAACAUGAUGCGCUAUCUGGUCAUGGUCGACUUAAAGUAGCCCUUCAGGACAUGAUGCGCUAACUCGUCAUGGUCGACUUACAGUAGCCCUUCAGAACAUGAUGCGCUAACUCGUCAUGGUCGACUUAAAGUAGAACUCACUUCGUUCACUUUAAAUCAUAAAACGUAUGUAGUCAAAACUUAGAUACUAUUAUCUUUUGAGUGUAUGCACUUCUAACUGUUCUCUAAAGACAUCACAGGGUAAAUGUUUGUUAUCACUGACAAUAGUUGUACGUGUUGCAUUUAAUAUUAGGUUGUGUUUUUCUUAUCCAAACUAAUACUGUGAUAUGAGUGUGUUAAUUAGUUAUUUUUUAUUUGUGUUAUCUUCCUCUACUGGAAUGUCAGAUUAAGGUCAUAGUUUGAUUAAUGUAGUUUUUUAUCGUCAUUUUUCCUCUUGGGAAUUUGAUCAAAACAAGGCAGACAUUUCAUGAUUUCAUUGCUAAAACAUUUCUGCAUUUUUAGUAACAUUCUUCAAAAUCAUGCGAUUUUCGUUUAUAAGGCCCGGUUCGUCAUUAUCUCCUAUCAAAAGCGAUCCAAGUAUUUUUUAUACGUUAUUCCAUCAUAUUAUAUACACAGUCAUGCCUGUAGAAGGAUGGUGAUAUAUCAUACAUGUAUGUGUAUGCAUUUUUUCUUAUAUCUGUAUUGUGAGAUUAGCAUUUUUUGCACUAUUCACAUUUUUUACGAUCGGAUUAUUUUUUAAAUAUUCCGUGUAAAUUUUCUGGUUUUUUUUACACUUCUUUUUACAUCGCAUGUUCGUAAGAUUUAUGCUCGAGUUUUAUCGAUUGGAGUGACUCCAGAAAAUGAAUUUGGCGAUGUGAUUGUUUUGCAUAGCUAUCAAUUUGCCCACUUUUAAGUGCUUUAAAACUGACCAGGUUUUACAUACAGGUAUUUAGUUGUUAUGCAGUAGUUAGUCUUUGUAAACGUCUUGUUGUUACUUUGUCUUGGAAUAAAGUAUAUUGUAGUUUUAGAAUAACUCGGUGUUGCUUUUUUGAUCGAUGUCCGAACAAUUUAGAGUGUACACUAAACAUGUACAAAGAUAUGAAGGACAUAAUUCAUCUUCUUAUUACCGGUACUUCAAAUUGUGUUUAAAUGAAGUACUUGGUAGUUUUAGAAUAUAACUUAAGUAAUAAUUCCACAAACCUCUCUAAUCUAAUAAAAUUGUAAAUUCCAGUUUUAAUCAGACAGGCACAUAUAUGUAGACAGACACAAGAAAUUAAAUUCUCCUCUGUGUAAUUCAGUUUUAAGGCACAGUCUAUUUAUUUCCAACUGUUGCCAUUCAGUAUCCCCAAACUGUUAUUGAAAUGGAUUUAUUAAAUAUGCCAAUAAUCCAACUUUAACUUAGUACAUGCACAUGCACCUAACCAUCUGAAACAUUGAUAAUUUUCUCCACAUGUACCUUUAUCAUCAGAUACAUUGAUAAUUCUCUCCACAUGUACCUAACCAUCAGAUACAUUAAUAAUUCUCUCCACAUGUACCUAACCAUCAGAUACAUUAAUAAUUCUCUCCACAUGUACCAAACCAUCAGAUACAUUAAUAUUUCCCUCCACAUGUACCUAACCAUCAGAUACAUUAAUAAUUCCCCCUACAUCUACCUUACCAUCAGAUACAUUGAUAUUUCCCUCCAUAUCUACCUUACCAUUAGAUAUUUACCGCCAGUUACACAAGUCAAAAUUACAAUUUAUUAAAAGACAAACUUAAAUACAUCAAAGGUUUUGACAUGUACUGUAGUAAAAAAAAAAAGCAAAAAUUAUACAAGUAAUAUAUCCUUAAAAAUAACUUCAGUGAUCCCUUUGCGUUGACACAGGCAACUGCUAUACAUGAACAGUCUAUACAUGAACAGUCAGUAAUCAUUUAUGCAGGAGCACCAUGGGUAUAUACAGUUUUCACAGUAUUUCUAUGCUACAUUUAUAAUCCUUAUCAUUAAUAUAUAUAAAAUCUUCAAUUCGGAUCUCUCUUUGCCAAUUUAAAAACGCAAGUUAACUCUCAUCUUGACACUCGAUCUGCACAUCACUCUAGUAAGCUGAGGUGUCAUCGCGGUACAUUGUACAUCUCCUUGCUGCAACCUUCAAAAUUUUACAUUAAAUUCCAAACAACAUACAUUUUAAUUGCAGAUGAACAUCUUGCUUUAAAAAGUAUUGUGUUCAUUUUCCCUUCAUAUAUCGAAUUUGAUUUUCCAAAGAGAUAAAUUAAGGAAUAUGGUCAAAAAAAGAAUUAAAAAUAAACGUAAAAUAUUGGUCCAAAAACAAAAGUUGGCAUCACUCAUAAAUAAAGCCUAUAUAAAGGAUGGCUUCAUGACAAAAAUAUACAUCAGUUACAACUCAAAUCAUCUGAAAAAUAUCAAAUCAUACAGUCCUCACUUUAACUAAAACAAUUACAGUAUAUCUACACCAAAAACUUAAACAAUUCCAUACAAUUAUAAACACAAUAAAGAUACAAAUUUGCUUUAAUUUGCACUUCUGUUUUUUUUUUGCACUGUGAUAUUGCUUUAACCCA